AUGUUCAGCACCCGCAGCACCCGGCUGCUGAUACUGGCGCUCUUCAUCGCCGUCACCUUUCUGUACAUCGGCUGGGAUCGGCCGUUGGCAUGGGGCGAUGCUCCUGACUUUGCGACCGAUCCGGCGGCUGGAGGGGUGACGGAUGGGAAGACAACUGCACCGCCGUCCAGUGGCAAUGCUAGUCCGGGCCAGAAGAAUCCAGGGUCUUCGGGAUCGAGUCCGCCAAAGAUCACGGACGUCUACGGCGAUGAUGACGAUGACGAGGAUGAGCCUCAGGUUGAGGUCGAGCAGGAUGAGGAUAGUUACGACUUUGAACGCCCGACUAGUCCUGGGGAUGUCCCGCCUGCAGCCUCGGCCAAUCCCGAGAAGAUUGACGAAGAGACCAAAGUCAUACCUGGGAAGGUUGAAGAAGAGGCCCCAAAACCGACGGUGGAAUGUCCUAUGAGCUUCGAGAGCUACAUGAGUAGCCAGCCAGGCCCCAAGUCUACAGGCAGUCGACAAUUCCCGCUGGUCCGUCCGCCUCCAGAGUGUCGGACUUUCGUGGUCCCAGACCUCGAGGAAUAUAUCACCAAGAUGGAGUCGGUGGUCAAGGACCCAGACCUGUACCGGCUCUUCCAGAACAGCUAUCCGAACACGCUCGACACUAUGGUCAAGUGGCACGGCUAUGCGCAGGAUAACGGCACCGACACGACGGAGGAGCUGAGCUACAUCAUCACGGGCGACAUCGACGCCAUGUGGCUGCGCGACAGCGCAAGCCAGCUGUACUCGUACCUGCACUUCCUCACGCCCGAGAGCUCGUCGGUAGGCGGCAGCCUCAACACCCUGAACUCGCUCUGGCGGGGGCUCAUCAACUCGCACUCGCGCUACAUAAUCAUAUCCCCGUACUGCCACUCCUUCCAGCCGCCGCCCGAGUCCGGGAUCCCGCCCACCGUCAACGGCGCCUACCACCACAACAACCCGCGCCCGGCCUACGACCCGUCCGAGGUCUUCGACUGCAAGUGGGAGCUCGACAGCCUCGCGUCCUUCCUGCAGGUCAGCUCGGGGUACUACGAGCGCACCAAGGACCUGGCCUUUUUUGCAAGGUACAGCUGGGUCGAUGCCGUCCAGGCCGCCGCCGACGCUGCCGCUGCCAUGAGGGUGGGUACGUAUGAUGAGGAGGGCCGCGUGCUGCCCUCGGCGUGGACUUUUACGGGCUGGACGAACCGGGGCUCGGAGACGCUCACCAACGACGGGCUGGGGAACCCGAGCAAGACGAACGGCAUGGUUCGCACGGCGUUCCGCCCUAGCGAUGAUGCCACAAUCUUCCAGUUCCUCGUGCCCGCCAACAUGAUGUUCGCAAAAUAUUUAGAAGAGGCAUCCAUCAUAAUGGAAAUGCUCGCAGACAGCAGCGGCGCCGCCCUCCCGGGGAUGGACGCCGAGAAGACUGAGCUGGCCGCGAACAUGACGGGGGAGAUGCGCUCGCUUGCGGCCGGGAUCCGGCGGGGCAUCGACAAGGACGCGGUGGUCGAGCACCGCGACUUCGGCGAGAUCUUCGCGUACGAGUGCGACGGCUUCGGCGGCGUCAACCUCAUGGACGACGCCAACAUCCCGAGCCUGCUGGCGAUGCCCCUGUUUGGGUACGCGCGGCAGUCGGCCAAGUUCGGCACCGCCACCGAGGGCUUGCGGCCGGCGAGCGAAUACGCCAAGAUCUAUCAGAACACGAGGCGGUUCGCCCUGUCGCUCGCGAACCCUUACUACGCCAAGGGCCCUGAGAUCUCUGCCGUCGGGGGCCCGCACCUCGGGCCAGGGAAGGCGUGGCCCAUGGCGGCGUUGGUGGCCGGCAUGACGGCGUUUGACGAGGAGACGGGGCUCGUCGGCCCUAAGGGGAAAGGGGGCGUAGAGGACGUGGUUGCCGAGCAGCUCGGCAUGGUUCUCAACUCGACGUCCGGCAUGGGAGUUGUCCAUGAGAGCGUCAACUCGUGGAACGGGAAUUCCUUCACGCGCGCGUGGUUCGGCUGGGCGAAUGGUUUGAUGGGCGAGCUGAUCAUUAGGAUUGAAGAGUGGGAGAAGAAGGCUAACAAGUUGAGCGGGGACGGGUUGCUGGGAAGGAGUUGGCAGUAG